UGCUUACUCCACUCACUCUGGCAGAUGGAGAGAGGGAAGACGUAAUGGUUUGAUUCCCUAACGCUGGCAAUGGUCGUCGCUUUGACAUUACUCUGCAGAUCCCUCUAACAGGAGGAGAAAUGAAGGCAGGGGCUUCGUCCAUGUGGGCGUCAUGCUGCGGACUGCUGAACGAGGUGAUGGGCACAGGAACGGUGCGGGCACAACAACCAGGUUUCGGAGCAGGGGCGGGGCCCUUCCGCUUCGCCCCUAGCGCAGGGUAUUCCACCUACCCCCCCACAAGCUCAGGGAGCGCCGGGCAGCUGUGCAAGGCCUGCGGACUGGCCUUCUCUGUCUUCAGACGCAAGCACAUCUGUUGUGACUGCAAGAAGAGUUUCUGCGCCCUUUGCUCUGUGCUGCAGGAAAACCUUCGCUGCUGCACAACCUGCCACCUGCUGCGCGGCACGGCCUUCCAGCGGCCUCGCCUCAUGCAGCUGCGAGUUAAAGACCUGCGGCAGUACCUGCUGCUGCGCAACAUCCCCACCGAUACGUGUAGGGAGAAAGAGGACCUGGUGGACCUGGUGCUCUGCCACCAGGGGACACGGGGGACACGAGACACUCCUAGACCUGUGAUGGAGGAGGACGAGGAUGAUGAGGAGGAAGACGAGGAUGACGAAACGUGUGGCGAUGAGGAAGAAGAUGGGGGAGAAGACACAGACAGUCUGCACUCGCUCCCCCACUCGCGUGCGGCGUCGCCGCCCUCCGCUCCGCGCUCCGCCUCUGAACAGUCGGCCCUGUCUGCCUCUCAGGGGGAUGUGCUCAGCCCGAGUGACAGUUCAGGGACCCCCAGCCAGGAGCAUGAGGGUACCCCAACGGCAUCCCUUUUGAAUUUGGAGCCUACUGAAAACAUCUUAGAGGUCAGCCCGGCGACGCAGAGGAGAAUCAGGGCCUCGCUGUCUGAUUUGGACAAUGAAGAGGCCAUAGAGAACCUAUCCGUCCGCCAGCUGAAAGAGAUCCUGGCUAGGAACUUUGUCAAUUACUCUGGCUGCUGCGAGAAGUGGGAGCUGCUGGAUCGAGUGCAUCGGCUCUACAGGGAAAACGAGCAGAACAGGAAAUCCAUGGAAAACGUCAGCAUAACUGCAGUGGUCGCAUAUCCUCCAUCUCUUUGCAACAGUGGAGUUGGAGAUGGCGUCCGAGCUCAGCUGGCGGCGGACGAAAACCUUUGCCGCAUCUGCAUGGACGCCAUCAUUGACUGUGUGCUGCUUGAAUGUGGCCACAUGGUGACUUGCACCAAAUGCGGGAAGCGGAUGAGCGAGUGCCCCAUCUGCAGGCAGUACGUGGUGCGGGCAGUGCAUGUCUUCAAAUCCUAAACCUCCUGUUGAUGUUUGCUUGCAUUGGAGAGGCCCUGAUUUUUUUAACUGAGGAGGAACUGCCAUGUGCGCAACAUCUCAUUGGGGGAGGGGGGGAAGACGCUGAUGGGGCAGAAAUUACGAGACUGUUCUGACUAGGCUGUUCUCCCCCCCAUCUUACUGACUCGUCCCACCUGUCCUCCAGCUGCACCUGGUCUCCCAAUCUACACGGCAGACACCAUCACGACUCUCUGCUUUAAAUCCUUGCAGGAUACAAGAGGAGGUGGUCCUGCGGACGCUUUGAAAGGGCCCGUCUGGUAAUUGUGGUGAUAGAUUUCAGAUCCCAGGGUUAGAGUCGAUAUGGUUUACACGGUCAUGCCACAUGACACUCUGUGAUCUCCCUCAGUGUUCAUUAGGAUGUGCAAUAUUGGAGAAAAAAGGUCAGUGUGGGUGUUAUUAGAAAAACAUGAGCCGCUUCAUCUAUCACACACAGAGGGACGUGUGGGUGCCAAAAAAACAUGGAUGUUUUGGUUUAGAUCUCACAAUAUACAUCUCAUAACCAGCAAGCUUAGUUUAAUAGUUUACUUUCAUUCCUAUGAACAGCUUUAGAAACAAACUGUGUACACAUUACCCUGAUAGUGUGUGAAACAUGAUUCAUUCCCACAACAAAAAGAAAUAAAUACACCUUACACGCUUUAUCUGGACCACACUUCAGUCCCCUAUUUGUCAAAAAGAUGAUUUUAUUAUGUUUGCAACUAUUUUAGAGCACUAAGUAAUGUGUGGUUCUCUUGAUAAAUAAUUAAAUCAUUACACUAUGAGGUUAGAUCCUGCUGUAAUCUACUGUGCCUUGCAAAAAUCUUCAUAUCCCUGAAUCUUUUUUGUUGUUUUUAUUCUUAUGUAACCACAAACCUCAGUCUUUUCGAUUGGAUUUUAUUUGAGAGGCCAACAUAUACGUAGAGCAUCCAUAGAGUGGGGAAAAAGGAUCAAAGGAUCUGGAAGCUCUGGUUUAUUCAGGUAUGAGUUUUUUGUUGUUUUUUUUUAGGAAGAACGUAUGCAAAAGGAAAUUUGGGGAGGAAAACCUCAUCUUCCUAAACAUAUCAUCCCCAUAGUGAAACAUGAUGGUGGUAGCAUAAUGUAGGGAUGAUUAUUUUCUUCUGCAGCUAAAGGGAAGGUGACGAGAACAAGGUUGGAGCUACAUAGAGAAAAAAUUGAAAUAAAACAUUUCAGAAGCUGCAAUGGAGCAACGGAUUUACUCACAAGCAGCACAACAACCCUAAUCAUUCAGUCA